AUGUCAUACGCAGUCGAGGUCCCAAUCCCUCCCGGAGUGCACACCCUCCGCAUCAAGACUCUCUCGCCUAAACUGUACCUUUCUGCCCCGUCUGAGGAUGUGGGACAGAUUGAGGUUGUAGAGUGGAAGCCUGAGGCUGAGGCAUUUGGUGGAUGCGAGGCUGCUGGGUACUAUGAGGGUGGUUCGCACAAGGCUGUUGGAACCAGGACUGCUACUAGGCCUAGGUACGAUGAUAAUACUGGCGACGACGCUCAGACGUGGAGAGGCCAACGACGCUGCUGGACUGGUCCCAUCACUCAUAAUGUCGACCUUCAAGACCAAGACAGCUUCGCAAGCUCAUCCUCUUCAUCCCGUUCAGCGCACAACGGUCAUACCAUCCAUCCGUCUUCCGAAGCGCAAGGACUUGCGUCCUCGUCGUACCAGACACCGGUAUUGAAUCACGGCUGUGAUCUGCGUCGAUCCAACCGGGUCUCCAAGUCCGAUCAUAUGCAGGGUGUGCGCCGGGUCUCAGCUUCACCCCCGUAUCUACCUCAUAAUGAGCCAUCUUCCACUAUACCCAAAUGCCAUAACGACGACUCGGACAACACCUAUGAAGUCCUGCCAAGCAAAUUCAACUUGAACAGCUCAUUUAAGAGUCCACUGUUCAAGAGCGACAAGCAUGAACCCAAUACCUCGUCAAAGCGCUACAAGUUUGGAGCGACAGACCUACAUCCCUUUGAGGUACGCCUCCCAGAUGCGAAUACCGAGUUUGCGUCUGUAGAUAUUCAGGAGGCUCUCCGUGCUGAAGUUGGUAGGAGGGAACGGAUAUAG